CGGCGGUCCGCGCCGUUAGCGUGGCAGCUGUCAGCGCCGCGCCCGAGGCGUCGUGGGCUGCGGCGUGCUCGGGUUCACCAGCCGCUGUUCCCCUUGCCGUUUGGCUCGAGGUCCUUGGAUAAAGGCCCUUCGGUGUCAUCCAUGGUAUCUUCGGACAUCGAACACUGCCACUCCUUGCUCUAGGGCGCACGUGCACCCAUUCAUGAUGUGCCGCACCAGCUUUCUCGCCGAGGCAGUUCUCGUGUUCGUCUUGAGCGCCCAAGCUGCAGCGUGGUCCAAGGAUAAAUGGGUGGAGGCAUUCGGGAGCAAGACGGGCUUCAGCAAGGCUUACCCUGCCUGGUUACAGGGUGUCUCCACAGAAGGGGACGGCUACUGCAACGUGGCUGCUGAUUACGGAUGUGUCGUCGGCGUUGGCGAGGGCAUUUGCUAUAUCCUUGUGAACCCGGGCGACUACGCAGUUCCGCUGAGCAGCACCGACUCCGGGUAUAAGGUCCAGUUCUCUGGGUCCGCCAGGUUCGGGCUGGAGUUGAGGAAAAAGGACCGAGGCACAGCCCAGAACCUCAAGUUCGACCAGAACAUCACGGUCACUACUAGUUCACCGUCAUCUCACUGGAACCUUUGCUGGAAGAAAGACGGAGACUAUCCCUUUAGUGCUUGGGCAAGGGAUGGAAAGCCCCAGCCAGAAUUGGGCAGCGAAAGUCGAGGAUUCCGGGGAACAAGCGUUGAGGAUUAUUGUUACUUCGUCAACGGCCUCUGUUUCUUGUGGGUUUCUCCGUGCUCUGGUGGGUGUGCCUCACUGGGUGCUCUGACGGGUCCUCUGGCGAACCCCUUGUAUGCGACGUUCUGCCCCGCCGGGUUGCGCUACGCCUCAGCAGAUGAGUGGGCGGAUGCCGAGCCUACUCUAAUUGCAAACAAAUCUGCUUUCCAUGCCAAGUGCGCGGCUGAAGUGAUCGAUCCAACCUACGACCACUGUGACGAGAUCAAUAAGUUGGUGCGGGUGCCGAAUGGUGGAUACGAUGAACAGGUCCUUGUGUGCGGGGACGCCCAGACGUUUUCCAGCCCGACGCCCAGCCCGCCGCCGCCAGCCCCGGCGCCGUCCCCGCCGCCGUCCCCGCCUCCCCCCGCUGGCGGUUCGGGGGGCGUUCAUGCCACUGGCGAUCCCCACUUGCAAAAUGUUCAUGGUCAGCGGUUCGAUUUGAUGAAGCCGGGCACGCACACCCUGAUAAACAUUCCGAAGGGCGAGCUACACAACCAGCUUCUUCGCGUGCAGGCCAAAGCGCUCCGGCUGGGCGGAUGCACAGAUAUGUAUUUCCAAGAGCUAAACAUUACAGGGUCUUGGGCAGAGGCAAAGAAAGCUGGAGGGUACUACCACGCCGUAAAGCAGCACGUGGUCGAGACUCCUCAGUGGGUUGCUUUCGGUACCGUUGAGCUGAAAGUCGUCCAUGGAUAUACGAAAAAACGCUUGGAAUACUUGAACUUCUACGUCAAGCACUUGGGACGAACUGGGUUUUCGGUCGGAGGUCUCCUGGGGGAUGACGACCACACAGCUGAGAGCACUCCUUCGGGGUCGUGUGCCCGGCGUGGUGUGGCUCUUCUGGAGUCAGAUCCAGAUUCCCAUGACAGCUCGGUUGCAAUGGCAACCUCUGCGUGACUAAGUAGAUGACUUUUUGGGGUGGAGUUUUCUUCCUUCGUCCCUACUUCCUUAUCUUUUGCCUCAGAUCCCGUCGAGGCUUUGUAUAUGAAGUUGUCAUCUGCGAGCUCGGUUGCACUCGGAACCUCUUCAUGGCGCUGUGUAUGUCUAAUGUAGAAUUUCUUCGCUUCCUCCCUUCCUCCAUGCAUUGUGCUUCACAUCCCUGUGUGUGUGUGUUUCUUGGCCUGGGCCCUACAGAGCCUGUCCGCGCCUCGGUCCGCUCCCCCAUCCCUGCGCGCCUGCACGCCCGCUCACUGAGCUUGGCGGUUUCCUGCACGCUUGCUCGCCUAGGGCAGCCACCCACUUGCGACUGUGGAAGUCAUGCUGGCCCGCGACCCAUUCUAGCGCUCUCGCUACGGUGGCGUCACAUGGCCGGCGGAGAAAAGUGUAACAAUACGUGUGCGUGUAUAUAUGUGUUUGUUUUAUUGUUUUCAAGUUCAGGCGUCGUCCUGAACGAAGGGUGGCACUUCACUGCGACGCAGGCCGCCAUAGUUUCUUGUGACUGCGGUGUGACAUCGCCAGCAGAAG